AUGGCCGUAGGAAAGAACAAGAGAUUGUCCAAGGGCAAGAAGGGCCUGAAGAAGCGAGUAGACCCAUUUGCUCGCAAGGACUGGUACUCGCUCAAGGCCCCGUCAACUUUCAACGUCCGAGAUGUCGGCAAGACGCUCGUCAACCGAACCACCGGUUUGAAGAACGCCAACGAUGCUCUCAAGGGCCGCAUUUUCGAGGUCUCGCUCGCCGACCUUCAGAAAGAUGAGGACCACUCAUUCCGCAAGGUCAAACUCCGCGUCGACGAGGUCCAAGGCAAGAACUGCCUGACCAACUUUCACGGUUUGGACUUCACCUCCGACAAGCUCCGAUCGCUUGUGCGCAAGUGGCAAUCCCUCAUCGAGGCCAACGUUGUCGUCAAGACCACCGAUGACUACCUCCUCCGACUUUUCUGCAUCGCCUUCACCAAGCGACGACCCAACCAGAUUCGCAAGACCACAUACGCACGAUCAUCGCAAAUCAAGGCUAUCCGGAAGAAGAUGAUGGAUAUCAUGACCCGCGAGGCUCAGAGCUGCACCCUCAGCCAGCUGACCACCAAGCUCAUCCCGGAGGUCAUCGGACGCGAGAUUGAGAAGAGCACACAGGGCAUCUACCCUCUCCAGAACGUCCACCUCCGCAAGGUCAAGCUCAUCAAGGCACCCAAAUUCGACCUUGGUAACCUUCUUUCGCUGCACGGCGAGUCGUCGACCGAUGACUCAGGCCAGAAGGUUGAGAACCGGGAGUUCAAGGAGACUGUCUUGGAGAGCGUUUAGAGGGAUGCGAUCGGAGAGACGGUUUACGCUGUUUAAAUGGGAAUGGCUGGCUGGCUGCUUCUCUAGCAUUUUGUCGGGCGAAGUCAUGGUUAUCAUGGUGUCAACGUUAACGGGCGUUUUGAGCAGGUCAUGGUAACACGGUUCUCUUUUGCU